AUGCCAGCGACAAUUAUAUGUGUGGGGAUGGCGGGGUCUGGCAAGACGACAUUUAUGCAACGGUUAAACUCGCAUUUGCACCAGAAGAAGACGCCGCCAUACGUGGUCAAUCUCGAUCCAGCCGUGUUGAAGGUACCAUUUGGAUGCAAUAUAGACAUCAGGGACUCUAUCAAUUACAAGAAGGUGAUGGAGAAUUACAAUUUGGGUCCCAACGGUGCCAUUGUGACGUCGUUGAAUCUCUUCAGCACCAAGAUUGACCAGGUGUUGGAGAUCAUCAAGAAGAGAAGUGGGGAUUUUAAGCACUGUAUAGUGGACACGCCGGGACAGAUUGAGUGUUUUGUUUGGAGUGCAUCAGGGUCGAUCAUAACGGAGGCGUUUGCAACGGAAAAUCCGACGGUGUUGGCGUAUAUUAUCGAUACGCCAAGAUCGUCGAGUCCAACGACCUUUAUGUCCAACAUGCUCUAUGCGUGCUCGAUCCUCUACAAGACAAAGCUACCGAUGAUUGUUGUCUUCAACAAGACCGAUGUGCGGAGCGCCGACUUUGCCAAGGAAUGGAUGACGGACUUUGAGGCCUUUCAAGAUAGUCUGAGGACCAAUGCGGAACUGAACGACGAAACGUCCAAUGGUUCUGGGUAUAUGGGCUCGCUGAUAAACUCCAUGAGCUUGAUGUUGGAGGAGUUCUAUUCGACCUUGGAUGUUGUUAGUACCUCUGCCUACACGGGCGAAGGGUUUGACGAUUUCCUCGAUGCUGUUGAUAAGAAAGUUGACGAGUAUAACGAGUUUUACCAGAAGGAGAGGGAGAGGGUCAUAGCGGAGAAGAAGGAGAAGGAGAAGAGAGAGAAGGAGAGGCAGUUAUCGCAUCUGAUGAAGGACUUGGGGAUCAAGGACAAGCAAAAGAAGAAGCAGACGGACGAGAAGGCCGAGAAGGGAGAGAGAGAGAAUGUUGAUGUGUUAUCGGAUAUUGAAGAUGAGAUAGAACAGGACGAGAAGGACGGCUAUGAGCAUGGUCUCAUUGACUUGGAGAGUUCGGAGCGAGAAUACACGUUCCAGGAGGACAGAAACGGAGAGCUAAGAGACGAUGCAAAUGCUUCCGAAGUUGCAAAGUCCAUCAAAGACAGAUACCAGCAAGCCUUUGAGGCCACUGCGAAAACUGCCUCUAGUGAUAUAGCAGCAGAUAUUGCCAAAUACAUUAAUGGCCAAUGA